AUGGGAUUUUGAAACAAAAAGAAAGGUAGGAUUUUGAUAAAAUAAAAUAAAAUACACGCAGCUCCAACUUUCCCGGCCCAGCCCAUCUGUGGCACUGCGGCACUGCUGAUGCAAAUAUCAUAAAACAAAAAACCCGAAACCCAGAAUUAUCUUCUUCUAGGGCUCCAAAAUGGACGACAUGGCUGCAUAUUACCCGCCACCGCCUCCACCACCAGGCUCCGUCCACUACCCAUACUACCAACAACCGCCACCACCGCAACCGCCUCCGUCGGUGGCGCCACCGUUACAGCACCACCUGGUUCAGCCCUACUUCCCUCAACACCCACCGCCUUUCUCUUCCUACGCGCCCGCUCUCGUCCCCCAACCCUCACACGACGAGGUCCGGACCCUAUUUGUCGCGGGUCUUCCCGAAGAUGUCAAGCCCCGAGAAAUCUACAACCUCUUUCGCGAGUUUCCGGGUUACGAGUCCUCCCACCUCCGGACCCCAACCGAGAAGUCUCAGCCUUUUGCUUUUGCGGUGUUCUUGGAUCAGCAGUCUGCGAUCGGGGCAAUGCAUGCUCUGAAUGGGAUGGUGUUUGAUCUUGAGAAAGGGUCAACAUUAUAUAUUGAUUUAGCAAAAUCUAAUUCUAGGUCAAAACGCUCAAGAACAGAUGAUGAAAGAUCUGGCUCAGAUAAGAAAGCUAGAGGUUCAUCGUAUUCAAGGGGCGUUCCUGAUUCUGGUGUUGGCAGCAUUCACAUGCCUGGAAUGGGUAAUUCUGCUUACAACAUCAUUGGUUAUCCAUCUGCACCAAGUCAUGGAAACUUCAAUGGCAUACCUGUACAUGAGACAAUAGCCGGAAACGUGAAUAAUUCUGCAGCACAACAUUUUCCACAAAAUAAUACUCCAUGCCCAACUAUUUUCGUGGCUAACUUGGGGCCAACUUGUACGGAGCAAGAGCUGAUUCAAGUAUUUUCAAGGUGCCCUGGGUUCAUAAAAUUGAAGAUGCAGAGCACAUAUGGAGCUCCAGUUGCAUUUGUUGAUUUUCAGGAUACUGCCUGCUCAACUGGAGCGCUGAGUCAUCUGCAAGGCACAAUUCUCUACUCGUCAACAACGGGCGAAGGCAUGAGAUUGGAGUAUGCCAAAUCACGAAUGGGAAUGCGGAAGAAGCCAAAGUAAUGUGAAGAAAAUAACAAGAUGUAUGCGUUUUGCUCGUUUCCAUGCCCACACAAGCGGAUCCACAUCUUACAUUAAGCUUGUACGAAGAAUAGGUAGACUUUAGUAUCAGGGUUAACUGUUAUGAUGAUUUAUUUUCAUUUUCUCAAUAAUGGAAAUGUUUUUUUGUUUCCAUUCCCAUUGUGAAUUCGUGAUGCUAUGGUUUUAUAUCUUUAAAUUCAGAAUGGAAAGCGAUCCCUGUAUUUUUGUGGUGA